AUGAUUAACGCUGCUCAUUGUAUUCCACACAUUCAAUUUUCAGAACCCGAUGUACGACACGGAUUCUUUUCUAGGCGGAGUACAUUAGCUCCACGUAUCCGUAUUGUUGAUGAGUAUUUUGGACUGGGUAAAGUUGAGCGAAUUAUGGCAUGCUCCAAUACCAUUCGUAAACCAUCCGUCCCGUUAAGACUACCCGGAUCGGAAACUGUACGUCCUGCUCCACAAUCCACAUUGUACAACCAUCGGACUAGAUCGUCUUCAAGUGAAGUAAGCGUGAUCACUCCGGGUCACCUACGACGUCGUCGAAGGUUAAUAGAACAGAGGAGAUUGGCAAAACAAUGCGCUUCAUCGGCUGCCGCGCUCACUGCUCUGAAGGAGGCAACAAAAUCGGUUCUGACUACUCCUCCGUUCCCAUCGUUAGAGCUGAUCGAUUUGUCACACAAUUUGAUCCUCUACGAACAACACAUCCUUCCGGUUGCUGUAUGGCCUGAACUGCGUGAGCUGUCUAUUCAUCACAAUCCAGUCGUAUCACGUCACUCGGGCACUCCGCCAUUGCUGGAACAAUUACUUGUCGGUCGUUUACAUUUGAACGUGCGACGCACAACCAACGCAUCCAGCUGGUACAAUGAUAAUGGCCAGUUGGUGGCUAUAAUCGAACGAAAGUCUGAAACGAAAGUAUCAAAAAUAGAGGACAAAAACAAAUUCCUUGCUCUGCCCGGUCCCCUGAUAAACCAAACCGGUACCCAUGGAUCAGAAGCACGUCGGAUUUUGAGUGCAAAUCAGCUGAAAGCUCGUCAACUGGCUGGUGGUAGACGCAGACCACUGCUAGUUCCAGCAAGAUUAUCUUCGGAACAGUUGGCCGUAGCGCCGAAACCAGCACGAUGCAAUCCGGACAAAAUGUUGAAGGAACUUCGUGAACAAACGACUCUGUCCGCAAGGUCACAGCAACAAUCCACGCUGUCCUCAUCCCGUUCCACUGAUCUCUCACUUCUAUCUGAUCAGACCGUCUCGGACCGUUCUGAUCACGUGACAGGGGAAUCCACCGAGAAGAGUGAACAAGAAGAAGCAGUUCAACGAGCACCGACCAUUGCGGAUCAGUCAGAUGACACAAGCUCGAAGUCCAAGUCAGUUUCGGGAAGGAACGUAGAUGAGGCAGAUGGUACCGGCUUCUUUACCACACAGCUAGCCGACUAUGAAGUAAGUCAAUCAAUCGAUGCGACGGACAAGGACGCAUCCGGACCACUAUUCCCUGUUGCAGAGAAUCAAUUUUCAGUCAAAGAAAACCUUGAGAUGGACCAACCAAUUAGCCCGGUCCCCCUUCUUCCCGACCUAGAGUGGUUGGUAGAUGAAACAAAUUUACCCGAUACUAUGCAAGCAUGUCUUCGAGAACUGAGACACUGGUGUCAACAUCGGCCGAUCGUUCAUGACAACACUUCCAACACCCAGCUGCUUUCGGUAAAUAGUUCACCCGCUCCGCCGGUCAUCGAUACUUCCAGCUCCAAUCGAUCGAAUUGUGUCGAUUCCGAAAUUAAAAUCACGCGGACCGAAUCGGACAAAAGUGUCUCAGAAGAACUGAGCGGACAAAUGGGAGCGGGCAGCUUGGAAUCCGGGAUGAAAGAGUUGGCUUUAAUGGACACAUUACCAAAACUACAGUAUACGAGCAUGCUAGCGAUACAUUUACCAAAAGUGAGUGCCCCGUUGAAUGAAACAGAUUAA